CCUGUCAUUCUACUGCGGUUCCUAGUCUGCUAGUGCCUGCCUCAACGUCUGCUAGGUAGUGGGAUCUCUUCCCUUUUCGGCGUCCGAGUCUCCUGCCGCCGCUCAGGCCUCCGGACCCUUCGGAAGAGGUUCUGACUUGGCGCCCUAGCCCUGCUGUGGGCCCCGACGUCCCAGACCUCCGCAUCCUUUUUGCCGCCUUGGAUCUUUUGGAAAAUAUUCAAGAUUAUAAAAUUUAGAUGACCAAAAUGGAUAUCCGGGGUGCUGUAGAUGCUGCUGUUCCAACCAACAUUAUUGCUGCCAAGGCUGCAGAAGUCCGUGCAAACAAAGUGAACUGGCAGUCCUAUCUUCAGGGACAGAUGAUUUCUGCUGAAGAUUGUGAAUUCAUUCAAAGGUUUGAAAUGAAAAGAAGUCCUGAGGAGAAGCAAGAGAUGCUUCAAACUGAAGGCAGUCAGUGUGCUAAAACAUUUAUAAAUCUGAUGACUCAUAUCUCCAAAGAACAGACAGUUCAGUACAUACUAACUAUGGUUGAUGAUAUGUUGCAGGAAAAUCAUCAGCGUGUUAGUAUUUUCUUUGACUAUGCUAAACGGAGUAAGAACACUGCCUGGUCCUAUUUUCUGCCAAUGUUAAAUCGCCAGGAUCUCUUUACUGUUCACAUGGCAGCAAGAAUUAUCGCCAAGUUAGCAGCUUGGGGAAAAGAAUUGAUGGAAGGCAGUGACUUAAAUUACUAUUUCAAUUGGAUAAAAACUCAGCUGAGUUCACAGAAACUGCGUGGUAGCGGUGUUGCUGUUGAAACAGGAACAGUCUCUUCAAGUGAUAGCUCUCAGUAUGUACAGUGUGUUGCUGGGUGUCUGCAGCUGAUGCUUCGGGUCAAUGAGUACCGCUUUGCCUGGGUAGAAGCAGAUGGGGUAAACUGCAUAAUGGGAGUUUUGAGUAACAAAUGUGGCUUUCAACUCCAGUAUCAAAUGAUUUUUUCAAUAUGGCUUCUGGCAUUCAGUCCUCAAAUGUGUGAAUACCUGCGUCGCUAUAACAUCAUUCCUGUUCUGUCUGAUAUCCUUCAAGAAUCUGUCAAAGAGAAAGUGACAAGAAUCAUUCUUGCAGCAUUCCGAAACUUUUUAGAAAAAUCAACUGAAAGAGAAACUCGCCAAGAAUAUGCUCUGGCUAUGAUUCAGUGCAAAGUUCUGAAACAGUUGGAGAACUUGGAACAGCAAAAGUACGAUGAUGAAGAUAUCAGUGAAGAUAUAAAAUUUCUUUUGGAAAAACUUGGUGAAGUGUUCAGGAUCUUAGUUUACCCAGUAAAUCCUGGUUAUUCUGAAUUACCAUUCAGUAUUAAAUGGCUACUUGAAAAAGAGUCCAGCUCAUUUGAUGAGUACAGUUCAGAACUUAAAUCUGGAAGAUUGGAAUGGAGCCCUGUACACAAAUCUGAGAAAUUUUGGAGAGAAAAUGCUGUGAGGUUAAAUGAGAAGAAUUAUGAGCUCUUGAAAAUUUUGACAAAACUUCUGGAGGUAUCAGAUGAUCCACAAGUCUUAGCUGUUGCUGCUCAUGAUGUUGGAGAAUAUGUGCGGCAUUAUCCAAGAGGAAAACGGGUUAUUGAACAGCUUGGUGGGAAGCAACUGGUGAUGAACCAUAUGCACCACGAAGACCAGCAGGUUCGUUACAACGCUCUUCUGGCUGUGCAGAAACUCAUGGUGCACAACUGGGAAUAUCUUGGUAAACAGCUCCAAUCUGAGCAACCUCAGACUGCUGCUGCCCGAAGCUGAAGUGUGCCCUCCAGCCUUCCUAUUUCACCCGUGACACAGCACCUGGAGUGUGAAUCUCAGUAAUUAAAUGAAUUGUCAUUUUGUUUGUAACUUUCUUCUGUUGUAUAGCUUUCCCACUGCUGAUUUCUGGUAAAAGUGUUUGCCCAUUAACUUGUGUAAAAGAGUAGGUGCUUUCUGUCUCUAAGAAAAGUAUUAGUGUUACAUAUAUUGCCUGUAUUUCUAUAUUUAUUCUCUGGAAAUGAAUAUAGUUAUUAAAGGAUUCUCACUCCAAA